GUCGGGUGUUCAUGUAGUUUACGUAGCAGCAUUCUCUUUUGAUAGAGAUACAUGUUUUUAAUUUUCAUUAGUCUAUUUUUUCAGGUGAUAUACAUCUAAGGCCAGUCAAAAUAACACAAGUUUUUAUGUUCAUUUUCUUGAACAAUAUUUCUACACAGAAUAUGAGGUUUCUUGUAUGUGAUCCUUAAAGGCAGAUUGGCUCUUGUACUUCUAACUUUUCCAGGCCCAGGGAGCUAGUUUUUAAGGCUCUGUAAAUUUUCUUUCCUGUAAUUGUUGGGAGAAGCUCUUUACUGGUUAAAAUAGAAGAGGAGGUUCUUGGGAAAAGACAGUCUUUUUAGUUAGGUGUUAACAUAAAAUGUGGACUGAACUUUCUGGGAAAAAAAUAGUAUGUUGACUGUUGCCUCUGGCUCAACCAUAAGAAUAUGUGCUUAAGCAUAGGCUCGUUCAUCUAACACACCAAAAAAAAAAAGAAAAUGGCCCUUUUGACCGAAGAAUGGACUCAAGGAGAGACUUUGUGAAGCUGCAAUUAAUAAUGAUCAAAAUGAAAGAUAAGUCACUCUAGUGCCUUGACUGGGAGCAUCAAUACGAUUGUACUUUCUGUGGAGCCGCUUGACUUGCCAUAUCGAUUGUUUAUUGAUAUAUCCUUAAAAUGAAUAAUCUACUAUCUAUCAGAACUUUUCACCUUCUGUGUAAUGUAGCUGACGUGCUGUGUAUGUCUUCCAGACCUGGUUCAUUUGAUCUAACAGGACAUUCGUGCGAACCGCAUGAGGCUGGAGGAUUUCUUCCGGUCAAGAAAUCCCAAGAUGCUGCAGGUGGUGCUCUCUUUCACAUGCUGAAGAAAGCCCCACCUCUACGCCGUGACUUAUCUGAUUCGACAAACUUGUUACCAAGCUUCAAGCCUGAAACCUUGAAUAAUCGGACCCAGGAGCCUAAUCGGAUUCCUGAGGAACCAGGGAUUAAGCAAGCGGCUUCUGUAAGCAUCUCAUCUUCUGGGCUUCUUGCAUCAAAGACAACAGCUGAUGCGUUAGAAGAGCUUCAGGGUUACCGAGAGAUGAAAGACUUGUUGCUUAGACAAGCUGGAAAGCCCCAGAAAUAG